AUGGCGGAAGAGUACGAGCAGAGUGGCGCGUCUGAGCUGAUCAGAGACCGUCUGUACUUCGCUACUCUUCUUGUGAAACCCAAGAACACGAGCAGGACUCACUACUUCAGUACAGACGAAGAGUUUGUCUAUGAAAGUUUCUAUGGCGACUUCGGUCCCCUGAACCUAGCCAUGCUGUACAGGUACUGCUGCAAGCUAACACAGAAGCUCAAGUGCCACUCGACGGCAAAGAAGACCCUGGUCCACUACACGGGCUGUGAGCAGAGGAAGAGGGCCAACGCCGCCGUGUUGAUCGGUGCCUACGCUGUGAUCUAUCUGAAGAGGAGUCCAGAGGAGGUUUACAGAAGUCUGACAUCCAACAGCCAACCCUACCUCCCCUUCAGGGAUGCAGCGUUAGGAGAGCAGCGUUACAACUUGACCAUUCUAGACUGUCUGAAAGGAUACAGCAAGGCGCUGCAGUUCGGCUUCCUUGACUUUGACCACUUUGAUGUGGAGGAAUACGAACAUUAUGAGCGUGUGGAGAACGGAGACCUGAACUGGAUCCUCCCGGGGAAGAUCUUGGCCUUCAGCGGACCGCACCCCCGCAGCAAGAUAGAGAACGGCUACCCGCUGCACGCCCCGGAGGCCUACCUGCAGUACUUCCGGCGGCACCGUGUGACCGAUGUGGUGCGCCUCAACAGGAAGCUCUACGACGGCCGGCGCUUCGAGGAGGCGGGGCUUCAGCACCACGACCUCUACUUUCUGGAUGGGACCACGCCCUCUGACAUCAUCACCAGGCGCUUCCUGCACAUCUGCGAGUCGGCGGAGGGAGCGGUCGCUGUGCACUGCAAGGCCGGCCUGGGCCGUACGGGCACUCUGAUUGGCUGCUACCUGAUGAAGCACUACCGCUUCACGGCGGGGGAAACCCUGGGCUGGAUCCGGACCUGCAGGCCCGGCUCAGUGAUCGGCCCGCAGCAGAGCUACCUGGAGGAGAAGCAGAGCAGCAUGUGGGUUCAGGGCGACGUCCAUCACUCCAAGCAGAAGGCUCUCCAACAGCGACUCCAUCGUCGACGGCAACUACAACUACAACCACAGAGCCCCGCCCCCUCUCCCUCCAGUCAGGAGGUUGUGUCCCGCCUCCUCUCCAGCAUGGACCACCUUUCAGUCAAACCCACCCUCUGCAAGUCCUACUCCCUGGACGAGGAUGAGUGCAGGGAGGCGGGUCGAACUCAGGGAGACAGACUGAGAGCACUGAAGAGCCAGCGCACAGCAAGGUCAAUCUUCUCCCCCCCCGCCCACGUGGACCAGAGUUUCGGCGGCUGA